UUUAUAAUGCGUUAUUUUCAUGUGCAAGUUUAGAUGUGAUUCUCGUGUAGAGAGAGACGGAGGGUUCGGGAGUGUUGGCAACGUCGUUUGAUGGCAGGGACGAUGAGGAACGACGGAAGUAGCAGCAGUCGCGGCAAUAGCAGAGGGGAAAGCGUCGUGUUAGACUGUGGUAGGCGCAAAAGCUCUUGCGGAUAUUGCCGAUCCCCCGGUCGCACCAGCGUCUCUCACGGUUUAUUGGCACAUAGCAUGACAGUUGAUGACUACCAAGAUCUUCUUGACCGGGGCUGGAGAAGAUCAGGCUCCUUCCUGUACAAACCUGAGAUGGAAAGGACAUGCUGCCCUUCUUAUACUAUUCGUCUGAGGGCUGCUGAUUUUAUUCCUUCUAAGGAGCAACUUCGACUGUCUAGACGAAUGCAAAGGUUAUCUAAGUUUGGGAUGUUUUUAGAUGGCACGUUGGAUAUUAAGAAAACAGUCGAGCUCUUAGAGGAUCCGAAUACUUCCAAGGGUACGUGCAGCUGUGCUGGUAAAGAAGUUUCAGGCUCGUCUAGUAACUAUGCAAAGAAGAAUGAAGCAGAAUUUUUUUUAAAUUAUUUGUCAGACCAAAUUGACAAUGUGGUACAAAUGUGCAAAGAAAGUGGAGAGUUUCCUUGCGAUAUUCAAUUACCAAAAGCUUCUGUCAAAAAGGUUUCACAAGCCAAAAGGAAGCUACUAAUUGAAGGAUCAGAAGAUCUCCUGUACUCCAGCAAUAUUGCAUUUCAAAUAACAGCUACAAUAAGGCGGGCACAAUCAUGUGAUAACCGUGAGUUAAGACUAUCAGGACAUUCUGCCGAAGAAAAUGAGUUGUCUCCAAAAGUUAUUGCUGAAAAAUUGUCAAGCUCUUUAUGUCAGCUUGCAGAAACUUCUGGUCUGUUAAUCAGGGCUUGCAAUGGACACAUAAAUUUUUAUUCUUCUAGCGAGCAACCAUUAUCAGAUGGAAGUGUUCAAGUUCAUACAGUUUUAAAUGAAUCCACAGCAGGUUGUGUAAGUAAAAAGGGCUGUUUGAAGAAGAGCUCUGAACAACCUCAGGGAAAAAAGCGGAGGCUUGAGAUCCGUAUGAAAAGGUCCAGUUUUGAUCCAGAAGAAUUUGCUUUAUAUAGACAAUAUCAAACGAAAGUGCAUAAUGAUUCACCAGAUCAUGUGACUGAAAGCUCGUAUCGAAGAUUUUUGGUCGACACUCCAUUAGUAUUUGUUCCACCAACUGGCGAUGGCACCGUUCCUCAUUGUGGCUUUGGUUCUUUCCAUCAGCAAUAUGUGAUUGAUGGCAGACUAGUUGCAGUUGGUGUAAUAGAUAUUCUUCCUAGAUGUUUGUCAAGUAAAUACUUGUUUUGGGACCCAGACUUUGCCUUCCUAUCACUAGGGAAAUAUUCAGCCCUGCAAGAAAUAGGUUGGGUGAGAGAGAAUAAAGUCCAUUGCCCUAGUCUUCAGUAUUAUUAUCUUGGUUAUUAUAUUCAUUCGUGCCGCAAGAUGAGAUAUAAAGCCGCAUAUCAUCCAUCUGAGCUUCUUUGUCCUCUUCGCUACCAGUGGAUUCCUUAUGAUAUUGCAAGGCCUUUGCUUGAUAGAAAGUCAUAUGUAGUCUUAUCAGAUUUUGCCAUUUUACAAAAUGGAGAGUCCUCACCAUCUCACGUUUCUGAAAAUGUCGUGGAAGUGCAACAUAAUGACAUUUGCCAAGACUCGAAUGACCUCUGUAUGGAUGAGGGUGAAGAAACGAUUGAUCCUGAAUAUGAAAGCUCUGAUGAUGAAUCAGGCCCAGAAAGCGGGAAUCUAGUUUCUAUUGAAAUAGAAGAUGGUGACAUCAGUAAUAUAUUAAUUAGGCUGGAGAGAUCUCGUUUGAAAUACGAGGAUCUCCAACGUGCUUUUGGUCCCACUGAGAGGAAUCAGAGGAUUUGCUUGGAAUCCCGGUUGCAUAGUUACAUGGGGGUCGUGGGUGCAGAGCUCUCCAAGCGAAUGGUGUAUUCACUUUGAUUACUCGAUUCUUUCCGAAGGCCACUCCCUCGAAUUUCCUCCCAAACUAAGUUGUGCCUGCUGAUCAAGUGGGAAGCUAUUGUGGAUGUUUUCAUUGUUACUUGGAUUGGAGAUUCUUUUUAUUUGAUCCAUCACCCAUGUCCAGUAAUGAAGUGCAGAUUCCUAAUCCAGGUUCAUGCAGUUUGUAUCCAUGUCUGUUUGUAUGUAUGUAAUCUGUUUGUCAAUAAAAUGAACUGGGAUUUUAACUUA